AAUAAAAAAAAAAAAAAAAAAUUCGUAAGAUAAAAAAUAAUAAAAAAAUUUAAUCAUAGAAAAUAGAAAAAAAAAAUUCUCAAACUGAAACAAGCUCUGCAACGACAAUCAUUUGCAUUUCCAAUUACGAUAAAAUUGUGUCACUUUAAUUGGAUUUAUCUCGCGGGGUCAAAAGAAGAGAGAAAGAGAGAAAGAGAGAGAGGGAGAGAGAGGGAGGGAGAAACAGAAAGAGAGAGAACGAGAAAAAAAUUUCCAAUUUAUCAGGAAUUUUUAUAUGAACAUUUUUUUUUCUGAUAUAAGUUUCAUGUGUCUGGAACAUUUUUUUUCUUUUUUUAAUAUUGGUUUGAGAAUCAGGACGCAAGUGUAAAUCGCAUUUACCGUUCAGUGGUUCGUGUGAAACCGGAAGUUAAGCGCAAUGUGAACGAUCACAGAGGCCAAUACGUCGAUAGAUCGUUGACUCUCCCUCCCUUCCACCCUCACAAACACCGUUUUCUGUUUAACAUAACCAACCAAACCCCCCCCCCCCCCCUCCCUCCUACCCUCCCUCUUGCCUUAAUCAAGAUCGACGUGUAACUUGUACGUGCGCGGAAAUGUUUCGGAGCUUAAAGCAUUGAUUGGCUGAUCUCUGCUUUGGCUGUUUACAUGAAACGCGAGUGAAUUAGUGUAACAAUUAGUGGGGAAAGGGGAAAAAUAACAAAGCGCUAAUUAGCCAAAGAAAGGAAAACUUGGAUUUUUUUUUUUUUUGAAAAAAGAAAAAUACUUCUUUCUUUAUCGAAAAAUCCUGUGAUUCGUUGAAUCAAGAAAUGAAGAAGAAAUGAAGAAAAUUAAUUUCAUUUUUCACGAAACGAUGAAAUUUAUCGAUUAUUCACGUAUUUUGAUGAUCAUCAUCGUCUUUGGUGGAAUUGUUAAUUCGGAGUUUCUAAUCGAAACAGUUGAUGCACCAUUACCGACACUAGAUGUGGUGGCAGUUUCUGAACACUCAGCGAAAUUACCAUGUGAUCUCACACCCAAGAAAGGCAACGAGAUGGCUUUUAUGGUCUUUUGGUAUAAAAAUGAAAAUGGUGGCGAGCCCAUUUACAGUGUUGAUGCACGUUCAACAUUAAUCACCGAGGCGAAACUUUGGUCGAAUCAAAAAAUUUUUGGCGAUCGAGCAAAAAUGCGCACCAACACUAAACCUGCAUUUUUGGAAAUUAAUCCCGUUUUACCCGAGGACGAGGGAUUCUAUACAUGUCGAGUUGAUUUUCGUAAUAAGCCGACGAAAAAUCAUAAAAUCAAUUUCACCGUUAUUGUACCACCCGAGACACCGUUGAUCUAUACGAGUUCAGGAAACUUGGCCAACAUACUGCAUCCUUUCAACGAGGACAGUAAGCUGUCUCUAGUCUGCAAAGUCACUGGUGGAAAGCCUCCACCUCAUGUUGUUUGGUACUUGGAGAACAAAAUACUCGAUGAUAGUUACAAAUCAGAACUAGGUGAAACAACGGUAAAUCGUCUUGACAUUCAAAAAGUCACUAGAGACUUUCAACGCGCACGUCUUAUCUGCAAGGCGCACAAUAGUCAUCUCACUAAACCAACGACAUCGGAAAUUAUUUUAACCGUUAAUCUUAAGCCGUUAAUGGUGAAUAUUACCAAUAAAACGCCACAUUUGUCGGCAUUGCGAACCUAUGAGAUCGAAUGUGAGAGUAUGGGAUCGCGGCCAAAGGCAACAAUCACCUGGUGGAAGGGCAAUAAUCACGUGAAGCAUAUGGCAAGAAAUUUUGCAGAAACUGUUAACUUAUCAAGAAGUGUUUUGAGUUACGUACCGACAAUUGAAGACAAUGGUAAAUUUCUCACUUGUCGUGCCGAGAAUAAUUUGAUACCGGACAGCGCACUCGAGGAUAAAUGGCCACUUGUCAUUCACUAUGUGCCAGUGGUGACAAUUCGACUAGGUUCGAGUUUACUGGCGAACGACAUAAACGAGGGUGACGAUGUUUACUUUGAGUGUGAUGUAAAGGCAAAUCCAAAGGCCUACAAACUUGGCUGGUAUAAAGAUGGGAAAGAGCUUCAUCAAAAUAUCACUGCCGGUAUUGUACUUCCUGGGGGACAAUCUCUCGUUCUUCAAAGCGUGACAAAGAGUUCGGCCGGUGAAUAUUCGUGUAUGGCCACCAAUACUGAAGGAAAAGCAACGAGCCGACCCGUCACACUGGAAGUGAUGUAUUCGCCAAUGUGUAAAGAUGGAUCAUCAACGCAAGUGGUGGGUGCACUGAAACACGAGACAAUAUCAUUGGUGUGUGGAGUUCAAUCAAAACCACCGCCAACAACUUUUCAUUGGACUUUUAAUAAUUCUGGUGAAAUGAUGAAUGUCCCACCCACGAGGUAUACACAGGUGAAAUCACUACGAUUGAUUACAAACAAUUGGCGUGGCUCCAGACUGAAUUACACUCCUGCAAGUGACAUGGACUACGGGACAGUUGCGUGCUGGGCAAGAAAUAAAAUAGGAGUGCAAAAGACACCCUGUCUCUUUCAGAUCAUUGUCGCUGGGAAGCCAUACAGUCUGCAAAAUUGCUCGGCCCUUCAGUCAACAGGACCCUAUGCAUUUCGAAUGGGACAUGACGAGUUUAAGACUCAGGAUUCAAGAGAAGUUGACUGGUUAAUCGUGAGAUGUAAUGAGGGUUUUGACGGUGGAUUACCGCUGACUAGUUUCGAACUGGAAGUAUUUAGCGAAGAUAAUGAUGAGCAUAUGAACACGAUUUACAUAAAUCGCACUGCAGGUUAUCCUGGACCAAUUUUCGAGAUUCCUGGAUUGGAGCCAGGGAGAAAUUACAGACUUUUAAUUUAUGCCGUCAACGCUAAAGGACGCAGUGAUCCUGUUAUCCUUGAGCCCAUCACAUUAAAGGGCGUUGCAAUGUACACCACUGGACGUGGAGCAUCGGAAGAGUCAACCGACUAUAGUUUGCUCAUUGCUUGUUUUGCCGGCGGUCUAACUGCCGUUUGUAUUCUAGUCGUUGGCAUUACAUUGACUCUCUAUCGUCGUAAUCAUUUUAUGCAACCAAUGAAAACACAAACUCAUAUUGUUCAUUAUGAGCCGAAUAAUGAUGAUUACAACAAUACAACGGCGCCAUUACAAAAAACCACAUCGAGACGAGAGGAGAAAAAUUCCACAAAUAAUAUCAUUGAAUUGGGAAUUAAUAAUCAUAAUAAUAAGGAUAUUAAUGAUACAGAACCGCCAGACGAUGAUCCCGAUGUGAUAAUUUCAAAUAAAAUUGAAAGAAGGCCGGAUAUUUUCGAGCCAAAUUACACCACAACACCAGAGAGGAUAAAACAUUUGGAGAAGGCGGAAAUUUUCGAUUAUUCAACGAAUCAUUCUUCGGUAAUGGAGAAUUGGAUAUUUCCCGAUGGCUAUAGAGAGAGAUCGGAAGAAUUGAGUCCCGUUAGGCCGACAACACUUCCGGUUCAUCGGAAUCAUGAUAUUUAUACUCGAAGUUUGCGUGUUCAAGAGAGUUGUAUAUAGAAAAAAAAAUUUCAAUUGCUUUCAAAAACACACAAAAACAUACAUUUCAUCAUUUUUUGUGACAAAUUUUUUCGCGGUGUACAAGAUUCGGUCUGUUUGUACAU